AAUCAACCAGUGAUGUUGAUGUACAACCUGUUUCUCCAACUCGUCGGAAACUUCCCAAAACACCGGAUCAACCUUCUCAGACGACUUUUAUGGGUGAUAUCGGAAUUCAGAUAUGGUUUGAUCAUAGUCGAAAUGAUUUGGUCAUCACUCUGCUCUCCGCCAGGGGCCUCCGCCGCAGAACACCCUCUGGAAACUUACCUUGUGCCUUGGCAAAAUUGAGAUUGGUCCCUCAUUCGGGUUUCGGUGCGCGAGAGACCAAGGCAGCAGAUCCCGGUACAACGCCAGAAUGGAAUAAGACCUUCAUUUUCCCUUCAAUAUCUGCUGAUAAGUUAUUGGAAAAAUCCCUCGAGGUUACAGUUUGGGAUCAGAGCCCCACGGGACAAAAGAUUCUUCUGGGAGGAACUGAAAUUCCCCUCCGUAAAACUGAUCUCUCAGAUUGUCCGGAGUGGUACCCAUUGACCAGUAACCAACUGCCGCCAUCAUCGCCUUCAUCAACCCAGAAAACGACACCUAGUGGCAUGUCUGGUCACGACAUGACAGUGCGUAAAACCGUUAACCAAUCAACUGAUGUUUUUCACUCAUUCUCAGUUCUUCAUCCUGAAGAUGCGUGGAACCGAAUACAACAAACUCCACCAGAUGGCGCUAGUGCACACAAGAGUGCCAGUCCUUGUGAAUCCAGGUCCUCCCGAUCAACGCCACCUAGUAGGAAAAAUUCAAUGCAGUUAACUUCACGAGAUAGUCUUCCAGGAUCACUUUGCACAACGAGAUCAAAUGCUGGCAGGUUCCAGAUUGAGAAGCAGGCGCAGGAGAGUGAUGAAGAAGGGGGAAGAAUCCAAGAAAUGGAUGUUGAGACAUCAUCGGAUACAGACACUGUUGCAUACUAA